AUGGUGUCAAAAGAUCCAGAACCCAUUUUAUCUUCUCCUUCCCUUCCCACAAGCAGAUGGUGGUCGAAAGAGACGGUGGCCGUAGUGACGGGAGCAAACAAGGGUAUUGGGUUUGCACUGGUAAAAAGGUUAGCAGAAUUGGGAGUAACUGUGAUUUUAACAGCCAGAGAUAAUGUAAAGGGACUCAAAGCAGUUGAGUCACUCAUAGAUCAAGGACUCCAUGUACACUUCUUUUGCCUUGAUGUCUCAGAACUUGUAUCCAUCAAAGCAUUUGCAUCCUGGUUUCAAGAGACAUUUGGAGUACUUGAUAUACUAGUAAACAAUGCAGCUGUAUCUUUCAAUGACAUUCAUGAGAACUCGGUAGAACAUGCCGAGACAGUGAUGAAGACAAAUUUCUAUGGAACAAAAUUACUGACUGAAACCCUCUUGCCCAUGUUUCGUCGCUCAGCUUCUAUGAGUCGUAUACUUAAUAUUAGCUCAAGACUCGGCCUACUUAAUAAGCUCCAAAAUCCAAGUAUAAGAGAGACACUUGGUGAUGAAGAAAGGCUGUCGGAGGAUCACAUCCAAGACAUGGUCGUUACGUUUCUUGAUGAUGUGAAGAGUGGCACAUGGCGAAGCAAAGGGUGGCCAAAAGUGUGGACCGAUUACGCCGUGUCAAAGCUUGCCCUGAACGCAUACUCAAGGAUCAUGGCAAAACGCUAUCAAGGCCGCGGUUUGAGUGUUAAUUGCUUCUGUCCAGGUUUUACGCAGACAUCGAUGACUCGUGGUAAGGGUGAUCAUACUGCAGAUGCCGCCGCAGCCGUCGGGGCUGACCUAGUCUUGCUUCCACCUGAGGAACUGCCAACCGGAAAGUUUUAUAUAGGUUCCAGCUCUCAUCAAUCAAAAAUGUCUUCGCUUUCUCUCUCUUCAUCCGAGAACCAAUACCUUGAAACCCUGUUACAAUCAGCCCGUCCAUUUCUCCGUGGAGAGCUCGAAUCCAUCGACAAAAACCUACCUUCUGUCAUCGCUGUCUUACGCUCUGCCGGUGCCGGGGAGUGUUGGCACAGGCAUGGCUCCUUCCAAUACCAUCUUUUCGAUGUUUACCGUAUUCUAAAGCUCUGGAAAGCCCAGGAGUGUAUAUGCCUUUGCGGCCUCUUUCACUCUGCUUACUCAAACUCUUACAAUAACCUUGCAAUAUUCGAUGCUGCCACGGACCGUGACACCGUGCGUGGCCUUGUUGGUGAGGCUGCAGAGCGUUUGAUGUACUUGUUUUGUGUUGUCCAGCGUCACCCUCUCAUUCAUGAUGAUCUUCUGUUCCAAUACACUGAUUCAGAACUGGUCGAACACCUUGAGCUUUCGAAGAUUUCGUUGAGGAAAUCUAAGGAAAUUGGGAUUUUCAACGAGGAAGAGUUUUGGAGGGUGAAACUACAGUCUCUUGUUCCUGCUAAUGGGAUCACAGUGAAGCACAUAAAGACGGGAGAAGAAGUUGUGCUCUCCCGGAGAGUCAUUGCAGUGUUCCUUCUGAUGACAAUAGUUGAUUUCAGUGAUCAGUUUUUUGGUUAUCAAGACGUCUUGUUUGAGAAUAGCAAUGGCCGUCUGGAGUUUUCUGGAGAUAAUAAUGCUGCUUUAUGGCCUGGUGAUGGCAGGCCAGGACUAUGGAUGAACUCAAUAUCAAGAAUGGGUGCAUUAUACACAAUGUUAGUGAGAGAAGAAGAGAUAUACAUGGAGGAAAGUAAAAGAAGUGGUGAUGAUGGGGUAUUAAAAGAUAGAGAGUACGAAGGUAUUGAGCUUGUCAUCCCACCAGUUUUCGAGAACUGCACAAGGGUUUUGGAUGCAGAAGACCAGAUUGAAUCCAGGGACUUGUAUUGGGAGGUUAUGUGUGAUUCGUCUGAGAAGGGUUUGCAGAGAGCUGAGGAGAAGCUGUUGAGGUGUGUGGAAAAGAACCCUUUUAUUGGAGAGCCUCACUUGGUGUUGGGUCAGCUGUAUUUGAGCAAAGAGAGGUUUGAGGAUGCUGAGAGAGAGGUACAAGAAGGGCUAACCCUUUUGUUGGAGUGGGGAAAUCCUUGGGAUAAGAGGAUGUCAUGGGAAGGUUGGAUUGCUUGGGCUAGGGUUAUGUGGAUUAAGGCUAAGGAGCGGUCAUGGCCGAAGACUUCAUGGGGCAUCAUCAACUUAGGCCUAGUGAAGUAG